AUGAGGGUGCAGUGUUCUAAUUUGAAAUAUUAUGAGAAGCACCCGAUAUUGUUGUCAUCAAAACAUAAGUUCACAGUGCUAUUAGUUUUAUAUGAGCAUGAAAGACUUCUGCAUGCUGGCCCACAACUUUUGUUAAGUUCUCUAUGCGAAAAAUAUUGGCCUGUUGGAGGCAGGAAUCUAGUGCACAAGAUCAGUAGAAAUUGUAUUAAAUGUUUUCGAGCUCAUCUCGAGAACGGUCAAGCAAGCCAAAUUAUGGGUGUGCUGCCUGAAUUGCGUGUCCGAGCUUCUUUGCCCUUUCAAAAUGUAGAUGUGGACUAUGGGGGUCCCAUAAUGAUAAGAAAUAAAACUGGUCGUGGAUUUCGUUUAAUAAAAGCUUACAUCGCCCUGUUUGUGUGCUUUAGUACCAAAGCUAUCCACCUUGAGUUGGUGAGUGAUCUUACAUUAGCAGCUUUUAUUGCGUGUUGUAGGGGGUUUGUGUCAAGAAGGGGUAUCCCUAGCAAUGUUUUUAGUGAUAACGGCACUAAGAUUGUUGGGGCUUCUUCAGAUUUGCAGGAUUUUGGAAAUUUAUUGAUUUCACAAUCCUCUAAAUUACAAGAACAGCUUGAAAAAGAUAAUGUAAAUUGGAAUUUUAUACCUGCUCAUUCGCCAGACUUUGGAGGUUUAUGGGAGGCGGGAGUUAAGUCCUGUAAAUACCAUUUAAAGCGUGUCUUGGGAACAUAUUCUUUAACCUUCGAAGGCUUGUCCACUUUGCUUACGCAAGUAGAGGCCAUUCUGAACUCCAGACCUUUAGUUCCUAUGUCCCCUAGUCCUAAUGAUUUUGAUGUCCCGAGUCCUGGUCAUUUCCUUGUUGGUCAAGAUGCCGAGUAG